GAUCGUUGUUGCUCUGUCACUUCGUUCGACCUGCGUUUUCAAGGUUUUCAAGGCCACAACGAUUGCACCGAUACCGUAGGGACUAGCCUACAUGGAACUUCUGCCCUUACCAACAUCGAUCCGUCUCGAACCUCAUCCUAUUGCUAGGGACCAAACAGUUGCAGCAUGCCACAUAUCUUCUGGAUCUAUAGUCAUUUCAUUACCUCCUCUCACCACUGUCUUGCUUCCUUCAGAAAAAGGAUGUCGCUGCGACUACUGUUUUCGCCGUGAUUCUCCUGAUGUCCAUUUGCGACGGUGUACUGGCUGCGCUUCAUAUUGGUAUUGUGGAGCUCAAUGUCAGGACAUGCAUUGGGCUGUUCACAAGAACUUGUGCAAAGCCUUCAAUCGGUAUUGCGCUUCACCAGAUUUUGUGAAGCUUGCUGAACACGAGAAGCUCGAUGCCUUGUUACUCACGCAUCUGGCCGCCCAGAUAACUUCGAAUUCAUCUCCGCGGUCGACUCCAGCAUCAUCUCUUUCUACAUUUUUAAACCUACGCCCCGGACCAUUUUCCAAGGGAUCACGACCAGUAGUAUGUUCUAUGACUGUGAAGCGAUCAGGGCUUUCUUCUGAUGAACUAGAAGCUGUGUACUCUCGGUUCGGAAAUAACAACUUUGCCAUACACUCUCACCUUACCACAUAUGCUCAUGGCGUAUUCCCACUAGCGAGUCGUCUAUUCAAUCAUUCAUGUCUCCCUAAUGCUGCAGCUAAAUUCGUCCUGUCUCCCUCCGAGCCCAUCCAUAUGGAAAUCGUAGCAAUCCGCGACAUUUCGCCAGGAGAGGAGAUAUGUAUCACGUACUUAGAUCCUGCGCUGCUCCAAUCUCGUCAGCAAAUAUUCGAACUCACAUAUGGUUUCACAUGCUUGUGUCCUUCUUGCGCUCUUCUGAAUCGAAUUGGUCUAAUCCCGCCGCUUCCGGAAUCUGAUUCUGAACUGGCUUCACUGGAACGAGCUCUCAGGACAUUUGUAUUUCCUUUUCAUGAAUCUGGUGUAUCGGACCUCCGUCUCCCGACAGGCCUUCUUCAAAAUAUCCCGUCUGAAUUGUUUCCUGCUCUUUGCGAAUCCUAUCUCACGAGGCUCUCAGAAGCGUUCAGCAAGGCUUCACACGACGGUCCAUUCGAUAUAGCUCUUGAUGUCGGUUUGACUUUGCUAGCGCUUUAUUGCCUGAUCUACCCACCUAACUACCCCCAGAUCGCUGAUGAUGACCAAAGAAAGGCUGCGGUCACUGAGAAUGAUCUAUCAGAACAAGUGCGAACCUACCUUAGAUUGAGUCGCGACGUUCUAGACAUUUUUGGCCAAGAAGGGGAUCCAGGUGGCCCUUUAGAGGAAAUACGAGUGCUGUAUAGCCUAUUAGAUGGGAUGUGAUACGUCAGUACCCAUCACUUUCGUCUUGUUUUCGCAUGCGCAUGCGGUGCAAGAUCUGACCGGCUUCCUUCCUAAAGGCACAGCCCUUGAUUAAAUAGACAGGGUAACUGAAGAAGGAAAUGCAGUUACACUGUAUUAUAAACCUAUCUUCGAAAUGAUGCAUCAGGAGGGCCGCUUUCGAUCAUACAAUUGUGAUGUUUUCUGGUGCACAUGUCUUUUACUCCACAUAGGCUUCUCAUUUGGUAUGAGUCCCAGACCCUGAUGACUCCACCGACACUCCCUCCGCACUGACCCCGCUGAAAUUGACGAGCACAGCUAGUAUCUUGACCGACGCCGAAGAUGGCUUAUCUGUUACGGAGGAGACCCGCGGGGAUCAAUCCUUCAUGCAAUUUGAUUGCCCGACCUCAGGUUGCGGUACUGCGUUAAAUCGACUUCGCUAAUAUGACCAAAGGUCAUACUCAACCAAUCUAGACUCUGAAUCGGGCACAGUCUGCAACCAGCCCUGGAAUCCGCCGCUCACGAGAAGCUUGGCCAAGUUAGCUUGCAGGGUUAGGCUUGGGAAAAACAUUAACGCCCAAAGGGACUAAAACCAAAACAUAACCGCAAUAUUGGCUGGAAUGUGGAAGUGCAGUAGGGUAUUUGAUAAGUCUAUAUCUAAUGUUCACCGGCGCGAUAUUAAAUGUGGUGAAGACUG